AUGUCAUGGGAUUAAUAAGAAUUUGACAAAAAAGAUUAGUAAAAACUAAUAAUAAUAAUUAAGAAAUAAGCAACAAUAUUCAAGUAAAAAAACAAAGAAAAAAACUAUUAAGUAAUAAUUAGUGUAGAAUAAAGGUACAUAAAUUAAUAAGUAAUAGCAAGCAAGGAAUUAUUAAAAAUAAAAUAUAGUUUUGCACUAGCUUAAAUGUUGAACAACUAAGUGUUAGAGAGUAUUCGACAUUACUAUUAAAAAAAUGGUGGAAGAUAGGAAUCUAAGAAUACUUAUAAAUUUGAUGGUUGCAAUAAUUAAAGAGGAGGUUAACCUGCUAAGGUCAUGAUUAAUGAUGCAUCUUCUACGACUACUGACGACUCUAACUCUUUAUAAUCUUUAGACUAGCAGCCAAUAAACGAAUGCUUUUUUGAUGAGGCACUUUCCUCUUAAAAUACUGUAUUUAUAUCUUCUAAAGGAGGUCCAGACACACCAACUUUUCAACCAACAAGUAGAGUAAUAUCCUCUUCUAUUCCUUUCUGCAAAUCCAUUUCUUCGUUUUCUGGUCCUAUAUAAAUAACUUCGUCUUAAGCUCAAUAAAGCUUAUUGGAAAUAUAGCAACAACAGUAGCAGUAAGUGUGCUCUUCUAAUUCAAUAGCAGGCUUAUCUAGCUCUAAGCCGAUUAUUCAUAAAAAUAUCUUUAAAAUUUAAAAAUCAAAAGCUUAAUAUGAAGAUAGAUUUAUUCCCUCAAGGAAGCAUUCUAAGCUAUCUAUUGCUCUUACUAUGGCACAUGAUGAAAAUAUUGUGCCAUAGCUAUAACUAAUGAAUAGCCAAGAUAGCAGCAAUUAAUAAAAUGGGAAUAGUAGUAAUAAUGGCCUAAAUUAUUAAGUUAUAUAGGCAGUAAAUUAAAAAGAUUUAUGCAGUCAGCAAGUUAGUAUUGCAGACCUCUACAAAACAUAAGUUUUAGGAAUAAAACCACCUGAAACGAAAUUUUCUAAAUAUGAAGGGAAGUUUUAAAACAGAAAUAUUUUGGCUUUCUGCUCCCCGAAGAAGGCCAAAUAAUUUAGUAAAGCUAAGCUAGGUCCUAAGGAUAAUGAGCUUUUGAGUUAAAAUGAUUUAAAUGGUGAUAUUAAUUUUUUAGAUAGAGUUACAAACAAUUUAUUUGGAAGCUAGUUUUCUGACAACUUAGAAUAAAAUCAAUAUACUGUAAUAGUUGACCCAAUAUCUAAUAUGUCUAAUCAGAAUUAUUAUUCAAGAUAAAUUCUUUCCCACAUUGACCCUCUAAACAAUUUCCAUUCAACUCACCCAUUUAAUCUGAAUCCCGAUAUUAAAACUUAUUUUACAAGAAAUACAAGGAAAAUUUCAAAAAUCCCAUUUAAAGUCUUAGAUGCCCCUACUUUAAAGGAUGAUUUCUACUUAAAUCUUAUAGAUUGGGGAGAAAAUAAUUAGAUUGCAGUAGGCUUAGGUAGUUGCGUUUAUUUAUGGUCUGCAAGCACUUCGCGAGUUACAAAACUUUGUGAUUUAAGAAACACUAUCAAUAUAAAUGGGUAAAGCACAGAUGAGUCAGAUAAUAUAACAAGUGUUUCUUGGUCAAGCCAAGGGACUUAUCUAUCUAUAGGCACAAAUUCAGGAAGUGUCUCUGUUUGGGAUAUAGUUGCUUUAAAAAAAGUAAAAGAAUAUAACUAACAUAGAUAGAGAGUGGGUGCUUUAUCAUGGAAUAAGAACUUGCUAGUGAGUGGUAGUAGAGACAAAAAAAUAUUAAUUAGAGACGUUCGUCUAUACUAACCUGUUGUACACAAAUUAUUAGGGCAUAAAUAAGAAAUAUGCGGACUCAAAUGGAGUUAUGAUCAUUAAAUGCUUGCCUCUGGUGGUAACGAUAAUAAUCUUUUCGUUUGGAAUAUGCACUCUUCUUCUCCUAUCAUUAAAUUAUAGAGUCAUACUGCAGCUGUAAAAGCUUUAUCUUGGUCACCUCACUAGCAUGGUUUAUUAAUAUCUGGAGGAGGGUCACUUGAUAGAACAAUUAGAAUAUGGAAUACUAUCACAAGAGAAUAAAUUAAAUGCAUAGAUACAGGUAGCCAAGUAUGUAAUCUUUAAUUCUGUAAGAAUAGAAAUGAGUUUGUUUCUACUCAUGGGUAUUCAGAAAAUCAAAUUAUUAUAUGGAACUACCCUGAUUUAGAUAAAUUAGCUGUUUUGACAGGCCAUACUUAAAGAGUGUUACAUUUAGCGAUGAGUCCUGAUGGAGACACAAUAGCAUCUGGUGCUGGAGAUGAAACAUUGCGUUUUUGGAAUAUAAAUGAUAGCCAGUCAAAAGAACAUGAGAUAUAAAAUUCCAUAAAUAAAAGUUAACUUUUGCCAUAGAAGAAUUAUUUACGUUGA